UUGAGGGAGGGAGAGAGGCCCGCGGGUGAAAGGCGCAUUGAUGCAGCCUGCGGCGGCCUCCGAGCGCGGCGGGGCCAGAAACUGACCACGUUCAGCUCCUCGGUCUCCUCCUCCGCCUCCAGCUCCGCGCUGCCGGGCAGCCCGGAGCCAUGCGACCCCAGGGCCCCGCCGCCUCCCCGCAGCGGCUCCGAAGCCUCCUGCUGCUCCUGCUGCUGCAGCUGCCCGCGCCGUCGAGCGCCUCUGAGAUCCCCAAGGGGAAGCAAAAGGCGCAGCUCCGGCAGAGGGAGGUGGUGGACCUGUAUAAUGGAAUGUGCUUACAAGGGCCAGCAGGAGUGCCUGGUCGAGAUGGGAGCCCUGGGGCCAAUGGCAUUCCGGGUACCCCUGGGAUUCCAGGUCGGGAUGGAUUCAAAGGAGAAAAGGGGGAAUGUUUGAGGGAAAGCUUUGAGGAGUCCUGGACACCCAACUACAAGCAGUGUUCAUGGAGUUCACUGAAUUAUGGCAUAGAUCUUGGGAAAAUCGCGGAGUGUACAUUUACAAAGAUGCGUUCAAACAGCGCUCUAAGAGUUUUGUUCAGUGGCUCACUUCGGCUAAAAUGCAGAAAUGCAUGCUGUCAGCGUUGGUAUUUCACAUUCAAUGGAGCUGAAUGUUCAGGACCUCUUCCCAUUGAAGCUAUCAUUUAUUUGGACCAAGGAAGCCCUGAAAUGAAUUCAACAAUUAAUAUUCAUCGCACUUCUUCUGUGGAAGGACUUUGUGAAGGAAUUGGUGCUGGAUUAGUAGAUGUUGCUAUCUGGGUUGGUACUUGUUCAGAUUACCCAAAAGGAGAUGCUUCUACUGGAUGGAAUUCAGUUUCUCGCAUCAUUAUUGAAGAACUACCAAAAUAAAUGCUUUAAUUUUCAUUUGCUACCUCUUUUUUUAUUAUACCUUGGAAUGGUUCAUUUAAAUGACAUUUUAAAUAAGUUAAUGUAAUAAACAUGGUUACAGACCAAAGUGUGACUUCACACCGUCUUUAAAUCCAGCAUUAUUCAUUUUACUCUAAUCAAAAGUGGUUUCAAUAUUCUUUUUAGUUGAUUAGAAUACUUUCUUCAUAGUCACAUUCUCUCAACCUAUAAUGUGGAAUAUUGUCGUGGUCUUUAGUUUUUUCUCUUAGUAUAGCAUUUUUAAAAAAUAUCUAAGCUACCAAUCUUUGUACAAUUUGUAAAUGUUAAGAAGUUUUUAUAUCUGUUAAAUAAAAAUUAUUUCCAACAACCUUAA